UAUGAACCAAACAUCUUACUAAUUAUUAAUCUGAUCUAAAUUAAACACAUUGCUUACAUGUUCAACAACUAUUGAUUCCAUUGUUUUUUGCAUCAACAAAGAGAAAUGGCUUUCAGGGCCAGUGGAACACUCAUUUUGGCUUGUCUCGUUUGGAUUUUCUUCCUCUGUGCAACCAUUGCAUUCUUUCAGCUCAAAUUGGUUGACAACACAACCCAUCAAGCUUCUUCUGACGACAAGUUAACCACAACGCAAAAUCAUCAUCAACCAGAUACCCUUUUGGAAGAUGAUUUGGAGGGUGUGACCCAUAAAGUGUAUUUUGACAUAGAGAUCGAUGGGAAAUUAUCGGGUCGCAUAGUCAUGGGACUUUUUGGGACCACAGUUCCAAAAACUGCAGGAAACUUCCGUGCGCUUUGUACAGGAGAGAAAGGGGUGGGAAGAAGUGGGAAUCCUCUUCAUUAUAAAGGGAGCGCAUUCCAUAGGAUAAUACCAAGCUUCAUGGUCCAAGGGGGUGAUUUCACAAGUGGCGAUGGAAGAGGCGGAGAAUCAAUCUAUGGUGAUAAGUUUGCCGACGAAAAUUUCAAGAUCAAGCAUACCGGGCCAGGAUACUUAUCAAUGGCAAAUUCUGGGCAAGACACCAAUGGCUCUCAGUUUUUUAUAACAACAGUAAAAACCAGCUGGCUUGAUGGGCGGCAUGUUGUAUUCGGCAAGGUACUUUCUGGUAUGGAUGUUUUGUACAAGAUUGAAGCAGAAGGAAGUGAAGGUGGCUCUCCCAAACGCAAGGUUGUCAUAUUAGACAGUGGGGAAUUGACUUCAUGAUAUGGUUUAAUAUAAUCAGAGACUGACUCUACUAUGAUAACUAGUCAAUUUUUUUCCUUCUUCCAUGAUUUACAAACUCCUUGUGUAUACUUUACCAUUUAGUAAAUGAACCAAAUUUGUAGACAUAAAGUUCAUAUUUCUGUAAUUUAAGUCUAUGUUGUCAAUAAA